CCAGGCUCGAUCAACCGUAUUCUUAAUAUACAUAUGCACGGUGCUUUAAUUAAACUCUAGACUGUAGCGCAAACCAAUUGAGUGGAUUGCUCGUGUUAUAAUAUCAGCCCGAGAUAUUUCAUCGCUAAGAUGCCGAAUAUCGUGGUCGUCGGGUGAGCUCCGAUAAGUUGUCUGUCUAGGUAGCUUUACCAGUUCCACUAAUACGUCGGAUGGCAGCGCGGGCGUGUCCGGUAUUACGACAGCCUAUCUGCUAUCGAAGCAGGAAGGCAAUGUCAUAACCGUCGUAGCCAAGCAUAUGCCAGGCGACUAUGACAUCGAGUAUGCGUCACCAUGGGCCGGCGCGAACGUUCUACCCAUGGCAACCGAGAAGCACAGCUCGUGGGAGCGUCGCACGUGGCCGGAGAUCAAAAGGCUCGCCACCGAAGUGCCCGAGGCCGGAAUACACUUGCUGAAAUCUCGCGUGUACCGCCGCGCGAAGGACAUCGAGCAGAUCAGGAAAAAAGGCUACAACUUCGACGGGCUCUUCGAGGAGAACCCCUGGUACAAGACGCUAUUCGACGACUUCCGAGAGCUCUCCAAGGAUGAACUCCCCCGGGGCAUGGCGUCGGGCUGCGAGUUCGGGUCCGCGUGCAUAAACGUCAUGCUGUACCUACCGUGGCUCUUGGGGAAGUGCCGGGCGAACGGCGUGGUAUUCCGCCGCGGCCAGCUGAAACACAUCUCGGAAGCGGCGUCCCUGAGCCACGCCGGCGGGAAGGCCGACGUCGUAGUCAAUACGACGGGGUUAAGCGCCUCCAAGCUCGGCGGGGUGAUGGACAAGAACCUGGUGCCGGUGCGCGGCCAGAUCGUCGUCGUCAGGAACGAGGCGCCGUACAUGCUGACGAAAUCCGGGACCGACGACGCCGCCGACGAGCUCUGCUACAUAAUGAUGCGGGCGGCGGGCGGCGGCACGAUUCUCGGCGGCACGUACCAGAAGGGCCAUUGGGAAAGCCAGCCGGAUCCGAAUAUCGCGACGAGAAUCAUGCGGCGGGCGGUGGAGAUGAUGCCGGAGCUUGUUGCGGACGGGAAGGGAAUCGCCGGGCUGGAUAUCAUCCGCCACGGAGUUGGUCUCCGGCCUUACAGGGAGGGAGGCGUCAGGAUCGAGAAGGAGAAGAUUGGCGAUACGUGGGUUGUUCAUAACUACGGACAUGCGGGCUGGGGAUACCAGGGGUCGUAUGGCUGUGCGGAAGACGUGGUGGGACUUGUGAAUGAGGUCCUUAGUCGUUCUCGACUGUAGUGUGGUUAGAUCUGGCGAUGUAAUACUUCCAUUGUUUUAUUUACAUUAGGUAGGUAGGUAGUAUCUAAGAAAGGGGGGUUGGUCAUGAGGCUAUCUUCUUUUUCGCUCCUUUUCGCCAUUAAUAAGCUACGAUAUGAUAAUAUAUAUUUAACAUUGUAUCUUGUGCCCGCUUAAAGACCGUUUAUAUGGGAUGUAAUAAACAUUAUAAGGACAUGUAUCGUGAAAUAGUAUCGUGAAGUAUACCGGUUGAGAAAGC